UUGAAUAAACCAAUCAACUUCUUUGAUGCGUAGGUCCGAAAACAUGUAGUCGGCUCCGCUGCAAGCCUCUGUGGCCUACAGUUUGUUACGCCCCACCCUUAGGCGGCCCUAUGAGGCGAACAACACUCCCACCCAAAUCAACCACAGAAAAACACCUUUUAAAAAAAAAAAACAAAUCCAUGGGAUUUAUUAACAUAAAGACAUACAAACUACCAAGACACUAACUCAAGACUAUCAAAAGGCACAAAGUCAAAACACAACGGCAACACAAAAUCUUAGGCUGAGCGGCAGCAAGACCAGCAGUCCCCACACUAGAAGCCUCUCUUCUUCUGAUGCUGGCACAGGAGCUUUCAAGCUCUUUAUUCACAGGCCAGGUGCACCUCAUUGAGCAAUCAGAUGUAGCACACCUGGGCAGAGCUAGAGAAGACAGAAGAGGAAAAGGGACAAACAGCACAGGGAAACACAUACAUAACACCCUUCUCUGAGUAUUUUAACAGUUGUUUACGUAUAUCUUGGAAGAAGAAUAAUUCCAGUGUAAAAGGCUAGACUAUAAAAACACACAAUGAAAAAGAAAGAGCUACAGACAAAAUGAGAGACGUGAUCUUGAGGCUAAUGUGGAAGUCCGUGGACAAGAUGAGGUGUUUCAGGAAACGAUCCAUGUUCCCCUUCCUCGGCUUCCUCAUCACCUUUCUGCUCUUUUUCAACCUUUACAUGGAUGACGGAUACAUGCUGGAGGCUGAAAAAACACAGCUGGGAGAGACACUGAUGCAUCCUGCAAACUCUGAAAGAUACGUUCACACAUUCAGAGAUCUGUCUAAUUUCUCUGGAACUAUUAAUGUGACGUAUCGCUACCUUGCUGGAAUUCCUUUGCCACGCAAAAAGUACCUAACCAUUGGUUUGUCAUCUGUCAAGAGGAAAAAGGGGAAUUACCUUCUGGAGACAAUCAAAUCCAUCUUUGAUCAGUCCAGUUACGAGGAACUGAAAGAGAUUGUGGUUGUGGUCCACCUGGCAGACUUUGACCUUGUCUGGUGCGAGAACCUAGUUCAGGAAAUCACCAGGAAGUUUGCUCACCACAUCAUAGCCGGACGCCUCCUGGUGAUCCACACUCCUGAGGAGUACUAUCCAUCUCUGGAUGGACUGAAAAGGAACUACAACGACCCGGAGGACCGGGUCCGUUUCCGCUCUAAGCAGAACGUGGACUACGCUUUCCUCCUCAACUUCUGCACAAACCUCUCUCACUUCUACAUGAUGUUAGAGGACGAUGUGCGCUGCUCCAGGAACUUCCUGACGGCGCUGAAGAAGGUGAUCACCUCCAGAGAAGGUUCCUACUGGGUGAUGCUGGAGUUCUCCAAGCUGGGCUACAUCGGGAAGCUGUACCACUCCAAAGACCUGCCACGUCUGGCUCACUUCCUCCUCAUGUUCUACCAGGAGAUGCCCUGCGACUGGCUCCUCAUCCACUUCAGGGGUCUGCUGGCCCAGAAGGACGUGAUCCGCUUCAAGCCCUCGCUGUUCCAGCACAUGGGCUACUACUCCUCUUACAAAGGAGCAGAGAACAAGCUGAAGGACGAUGACUUUGAGGAAGACUCCAUAGACAUUCCUGACAACCCUCCUGCCAGCCUUUACACAAACAUCAAUGUCUUUGAAAACUAUGACGCCACCAAGGCUUACAGUAAUAUCGUUGAUGAAUAUUUCUGGGGGAAGCCUCCGUGCACUGGAGAUUUUUUUGUCAUAGUCUUUAAUAAAUCAACUAAAAUCAGCAGAAUUAAAAUUGUGACUGGCACAGAGGACAGACAAAAUGACAUUCUUCACCACGGAGCUCUGGAAGUAGGACAGAAGUCUGUCGAAACUAAACAGGGAAGGCAGUGCACAUCCUACAUCACAUUAGGAGAGUUUAAAGGGGGAAGCAUUGAGGUUAACAAUGUGGACCACAAGAUCGGCUUUGACAUCGAGUGUGUGCGAAUAGUCGUCACUGCCAGUCAGAAAGAAUGGCUCAUCAUAAGAACUAUCAGUUUAUGGACCACGCAACCUGUAAGUCAAUUUAACAAGUAACAGAGGAAGUUUUUAAAUUAUCAUCUGUAUGUACAGCAUUAAUUUUGGAUGCAGUUGAUGUAAGUUCAUUUCAGACUACUUCUGAGAAAUGUGCGUGUCUGGGAUUCAAAGCAAUCCAUAUUUUCUUGGGUUGUUCAGAGAUCUACUGUAUGUUUUCAGUGUGAUGUAUUAAAAUGACCUGUACAGUAUGGAGCCUUUAUAUUUAUGUUCCUUUUCCUAAACUGAAAAUCUGUAUAUAAAAUUGUUCAUACUUGA